AUGGCGACCAUGAAACCUUCUCACCACGACUACACCGUUGCCUGGGUGUGCGCGUUGCCGCUGGAGAUGACAGCUGCGGAACUCAUGCUCAAGGAGAUUCAUGACCCCCUUCCUCAACCUCCAACCGAUCCUAACGCCUAUACACUUGGCAAACUGGGGGAACACAAUGUCGUUAUCGCCUGCCUACCCUCAGGUGUUUAUGGAAUUACGUCCGCUGCAGCUGUCCUAGCUAAGAUGCAUUCAACAUUCCCUUCCCUAAGAUUUGCCUUGAUGGUGGGUAUUGCAGGUGGUGUACCCAGCAGAAGCACCGAUGUUCGUCUUGGGGAUGUGGUAGUUAGCAUACCAUCCGGUACUUCAGGAGGUGUGGUGCAAUAUGAUUUUGGAAAGACACUACCCGAUGGACGCUUUCAACGCGCCAGCUCGCUCAACAAGCCCUCCCAAUUAUCACUCAACACCGUGUCCAAAGUGCGCAGCAAAUAUGCGAUUACGGAGGCAGAUAUUGAUGGGACUAUUUCUCGUAUACUGAACACAAAUGAGAGAGACUGGCUUUUUAAUGCAGAAUACAUACACGAAGGAAACCAUCCUGAUUGCUUGGAAUGUGACCAGACCCAGUUAGUGAAACGAGUCUCCCGAGACUCUUCUGAGCCUCAUAUUCAUUACGGUUUGAUAGCGUCCGCAAAUCAACACGAGACUCUUGCCCAAGACUUAAAUGUUCUCUGCUUCGAAAUGGAGGCAGCUGGACUCAUGGAUCAGCUGUCUUGCUUGGUGAUCAGAGGCAUUUGUGACUACUGCGACUCCCAUAAGAAUAAAGAAUGGCAGGGAUACGCAGCGCUUGCCGCUGCUACUUAUACUCGGCUCCUUCUAGCAGCUGUCCCAUCUCAAGAAAAUAUUAGUCACAGAAAUUACGCACCAAAAAACCCGGAACCCUGA